AGACCUGGGGAAUAUUUGUGAUUAAGAAUUAAUGUAUAACUAGUAUAAGAUUGUGAAAUCGAGGGAUGGAUUUUUAAAGGGUUCGGGAAAUGGAAGUAGAAUUAUGUUUUAGAUUACAAAUUGCAGAGAAGAUCUGUUUGUGAAAUGGAAUAAGACACCAAAAUUAUGACUUUUAAACCAAUUAAAACAGAUUCAGUAGUAAUGGUCACACAUGUAGCAGUAAUUAAAAUAUAAAAUAUGGAAAUAAAAUGGCUUGGAAACAAAACAAGUAAAUGACUCUACGGAUCAAUAAACAGCCAUUAAUCAUCAACAAAUUUCCUUGAAUCUCAACAACAGAGGUGAUAAUAAAUACCUGGUGUGGAUUGUCACAAACAAUCAGAAGAUCAAUCUACAGGUUGCAAUUAAUCUCAAUCAACAACUAUGAAUAGUUUAUAUCUAUCUAUACUUUAGUUCAAUAUAGUGCUAUAAGAAGAUUCAGACACAUAAAGUUGGAUUUAGUCUCAACAAUGAAUAGUUUACAUCAAUAAGCCUACAAGUUGGAUUUAGUCUCAACAAUGAAUAGUUUACAUCAAUAAGCCUAUAAGUUGGAUUUUUUCUCAACAAAGAAUAGUUUACAUAAAUAAGCCUACAAGUUUAUAUCUAUACAUCCAUUAGGGCUACAUGUAUACGAAAAUAUAGAAAUAUAAGCCUACAUAUUGGAUAUACAUGUACAUAUAUUCUCAACCAUUAAAAAUUUACAUUCAUUGAAUCACUAGAUUGACCAUAAUUGACAGAUCGCAAGUUUUUAUGAAUAUAAACCGAAGAAUUCGACCACACAUAACAACAGAUACAUGUAAAUCAAAAGCUUUGAGAUAAACACACAGAUUAGAGAAUGCCAGAUAAUAUAUACGAAAACAAUUUCUAUAAAUAAUUCACAGACUUAUAGAUAAUAGCUAUAGAACACUUCAAAGACUUGAAUGCUAGUCAAUAAUACUUUAAAUGUUUUUACUGAAUCAAAUUAAUAAAGACUGAAAGGGGAUUAAUAAUUAAUUAUGAAUUAGGAUCAACAGUUCCAAGGAUUAACUGACUGAAUGCUAGAUUUAUAAUGAUGUAACAUUAUAUCAAAUAUCUCCUUGAGGUAUUUUUUGCAAUAACUUUUGUCAUUGUUUGAUUACCACGAAGACAGAAACAAGUUAAAAGUCAUGCUGGUUAUUGUCUAGUACAGUACAUGUGCUUAUAAUAAAACCUCAACAUGAGUGAGAGGGAUUUCAAUCUACUACCCACGAUAGACAUCGACAUGGGGCGGGUCAGAACAUUCCUGGGAGAACAGAACAUAGAGGGAAGUGAAAGUUCCAACAGUUUGGAAGAUAUUUCGUUUUUGACAGAAACAGAAAGAUUAGCAGAUAAAAAGAUUCGACCUGUGACCCCGAUUACGCGGUCAAGACCCAACUCAAGACCAACAACUCCUGUAUUAAAAUCACCAUCAUCACAAUGUACAACACCAUUAUUAUCACCAGACCCUGUAGAUAUUAAAGAUUCUAUGAUGUCAAACUACGAGAGAUUUGAUAAUGACUUGGCUCCCAGCCGGGCCGUGUUAAAUGAAGUCGCCAUAAAAACAGCGGAGGAAAAUCUUGGAGAUGUUCAUAUCCAAGUCAGUCAGGAUCCAGAACAAAGUCAAAGCCAGAUCACGUUCCAUGAUAUUGAGGAUAAACAAAACGGAAUGGAUUAUAUUGAUGAUCCGGCAGGGAACCCAUUUGAACCUAAAACAGCUCUCGAGUUUUGGCAGUAUAAAGUGAGGAAUAUUGUGGAACAUAUUUUAUUUCGUGCAGUGACAGUGUUAUUGAUAUUAUUAGAUUUUAUACUAGUCAUCAUCGUGCUAGCGUCAGAUAACUGUGCUGAUAGUAAUAACGUGCUAGAGAUCAUCUCACAUAUCAUCAUUACAUUGUUUGUAUUAGAAAUAGCUGCCAGGAUUUUCUAUCAGGGUAAGGAGUUUUUCUACAACUGUUUUGAUCUAAUUGAUAUGGUGAUAGUAGUAGUAUCAUUUAUAGUUGAUAUGGUAUUUAUUGGUAUAGAAGCAAAUCAACCGUGUAGUGAACAGGGAGCUAACUACGCAAAGUUAGUAGUAAUAGGUCGAGUGUUCCGUAUUAUACGUAUAUUCAGAAUCAUCUAUUUCAUUAUCGUUCAACAUCGACAAGUUACCAAAGCAACCCGACAUGUCGUUUCUCAAAAUAAACGUAGAUAUCAAAAAGAUGGUUUUGAUCUUGAUCUGUGUUAUAUAACAGAGCGAGUUAUUGCUAUGUCUUUCCCAUCAAAAGGUGUCAUGGCGUUAUACAGAAACCCUAUCCGAGAGGUAGCUAGGUUUUUUGAUGCCAAACAUAAAGAUCACUAUAAACUAUAUAACCUAUGUAGUGAACGAGAUUAUGAUGAAGCAUUAUUUCACAAUCGUGUAGAAAGAGUUUUCAUAGAUGAUCAUAAUGUACCUAGAUUACGUGAUAUGAUAAAGUUUGCUGAUAGUGUGAGACUGUGGAUGUCUGCUGAUAAACGCAACGUUAUAGCUAUACAUUGUAAAGGUGGAAAGGGACGAACAGGAACCAUGAUCUGUUGUUGGCUCGUUGAUUCAGGUUUAUUCGAAGAAGCAAAGGAAAGUCUGAAUUAUUUUGGGGAUAGAAGAACUGAUUUAAGUGUUGGUUCAACAUUUCAAGGAGUCGAGACACCCAGUCAGAGUCGUUAUGUGGGAUAUUAUGAGAAGAUGAAGAAUGAACACAAUCGAGAGUUACCACCAAAUAAGAAACUACGAAUUAAAACUGUUAAAAUCGAAGGAUUAAAUGGUGUUGGGAAUGGAGACGGAAGUGAUCUAGGAAUGGAGAUUAGACCUGAAGGAAAUCUGAUAUGGGAGUGUCAAUUUGGUCCCAACAUCAACUGUCAGACAAUGAAAUAUUCUGAUAAUAACAGUAUAGUUGUAGAAUUACAGAACAGUCCUGUUAUAGAAGGGGAUAUUAAAAUCAUGUUCAGAUCUAACAACAAAUUGGUACCAUUAGGUUAUGACAAGUGUCCUUUCUAUUUCUGGUUUUACACAUCGUUUAUAGAAGAUCACAAAUUAAUUCUACCUCGAGAUGAGAUUGAUAAUCCACACAAGAAGAAAGUACAGAAGAUUUUCAAGGAGAAUUUUGCCAUAGAAUUAACUUUUGAGGAUGUAAACGAAGAAUUAUGAUCAUAAAGAGAUUAGAUAAUUUGUAUUAAGAUUGUUUUGUUUUAGAUUUUGGGUAGUCAACUACCUGGAGAAGUCAGCAAGAAUUCAAGUGGCCUAAAGAACAUAUAUUUUUUACGUACUUAAUCAUAGUUUUUACGCACAUCCAGCACAAGAAGUACAUGUUUAUAUCUCACAGUGUGUCGUUAUAUAAUACUCAUCAAAUCAUUUUAAAUCACCAUGGACGUCAUCUUGUCAUCUCAUAUGAUAGAAACGUUUCUUCUAUUAUAUGUAGAAAGGUCUGAAUACAGGAAUUGUUGACUGUUUUGAAUUUAUUUUGAACCAAAUGAGAAGUGAUAUCAGGUGUUCUUGAAAGAAUGAAAAUAUCCAAACUCAUGCCCAGAUUUGUCUUGGUAGUUUUCUAGAUAUAUAUCGUCAAGUUCAGAAUAAAGUCUGGAUCAUCAUAAUGCUGCCACUUAUCCCAGAAAGUGGGUUGAAGCUGUAGGAUUGGUUGAAAAAAUAAAAACUUAAAUUUCAACCAAUGUAAAGGUCAGAAUAAGGCCCAGAUUGUCAUAAUGCUGCCAUUUAUCCCAGAAGGUGGGUUGAAACUGUCUGAUUGGUUGAAAAUAUUCAAAUAAAUUCAAAUUUCAAUCAAUCAUAUGCUAAUACUAGUCUUGUUUAAUUCAACCCAUCAAGCUUAUAGAUAAGCUGAUAAUCAAGUGUUUGUAUGGUGAAUUACCUAUGAUUGGUAUGAUAUUACAUGUUAGAUAUAUGUACCGUUUGUUUGAUCAGGGUGGGGUGAUAAGAGACAUGUAUAUUACAUGUAUAUAUACCUCUUGAGACCAGUGUGGGGUGAUGAGAGACAAGGUGUUACAUGUGUGUACCAUCUGCUUUAUCAGGGUGGGGUGAUAAGAGACAAGGCAUUACAUGUAUAUAUACGGUCUUGAGACAAGUGUGGGGUGAUGAGAGACAAGGUGUUACAUGUGUGUAUCUGGGAGACCAGUGUGGUGUGAUGAGAUUAUGUUUAUACGGUCUGUGAGACCAGAAUGAAGAUGGGUGAUGAGGUACAUGUGAAAAAAGUAUUUCAAUGGAACACUUCAGCUGUAUGAUAUUGUCUGAAUGUGAAUUUGUUUUUCUAUGAGAUUUGAAGUCAUACUUUGUUUUUGCAAAUGGCAUCUUGAUAAAAAUUUGUGAUUUGUGUAUGGAGUUAUCCCCCUUGUUAUAUUCAGCCCACGGCAGGGAUUAGUGAUACUUUCUUUUCUUAUUAAAUUUGAAAAAAUUAAUCUAACUGUUAACAACUCCCCCCCAAAAAAAUAUAUAUAAAAUUGGCUGACUUGUAGGCCUAUGUAAAGAUUUCAUAAUUAUUAUUAUUAUUAUAAACUCUGACAAACAGAAAUGGUAUCAUUUGUAGUUAGUACAGGUAUGUUCAUGUUUUGUUAAAAAUUGUACAUUUCACUUAUAUUUAUAAUACUGUCAAUUUGUAUAAUAUUUACAUGUAUAUAGUAAGUCAUGCAUAAAAUACUCAUGUUUACCUUCUAUUCUUUUGUAAGAAUCAAAAACAUAUAUUUAUUUAUUGUCUUAUUAUUAUUAUUAUUAUUAUAGAUACAUCAAUUGUGUUACAUAGAUCAAACUUUUAUAAAACAUACAUCAAUUAUUGUGUUAUUACAAUUAUUAUUAUUGUUAUAAAUCAUACCUUUACAUAUGGAUGAACUGAAGUCACAUAAUUGGACACAUAUCUCAGGCCAACCUGAUUUAAUUUUCAGUUCUUCACAAUUUUUUUAUAAAUAUUAUUUGUCCAAUGGAUAUGGAGUAAAGAAUUAGAGACCUAUUAUGUAUAUUUUCUUUAAAAAUAUGUUUCCAAGGGCAUGCCAAUUUCAAUUUGUUCUUCCUGAAGCCUUAUUAAAUAUUUUUUAUAUAUAUUUCUUGGAAACAUAUAAAAAAAAUUAUUUAAUAAGGCUUCAGGAAGAAAAAAUUGAAAUUGGCAUGCCCUCAUCGAAGACAGGCACAAUAAAAAAUCACAAAAUAUUUCACAUGCACAAAUUAUUGUUACUGUCAUGAUCUGUUUCUUUGUCUUUUCUUCUUUUUUUAUAUAAUAAAUCUUAUGUAUUAAACAAUAUCACAAAGACCAAUAUAGCACGUAGUUUAAAUGUAAGACAUUCCAUUAAACCGAUUUCCUACUGUUUACAUUAGUUUUAAAUAAUAUUUCAUAUUUAUUAUCUCAUAACUUGUUUUUUUUUAUUGGACAGAACCAUUAUAAUUUCCUACUCAGUGACUAAGGCGCUGGCUCACUAAAAUUGUCGUUCUGGGGUUGAUUCCAUUUUGGCCGAGAAAGCUCCUCGGUAUCUUCUAGGCUUGUUUCCCAUUUGUCAGUGGCCUUGCAUUGUAAAGACGUCUGGUUAUUCGACUUGGACAAAAACAAAACAAGAUCCAGCCGUGUAGGCCGGGUGAUAAAAUUGAAUGUUUUAAUAAAUUCCAAUAAAAAUAAAAACGGUGUUUACGCCCAAUUAGGUGUUGUUAAGCUGCGCGCCCCAUAUUAAUGAUUAUGCUAUUGUUAUCAUUGAAUUGCAUAUUAUUAUGUUGAACAUAAUAUAUGAUGGUUAUACUGAACAUAGUGACACAUUAUACUGAACAUAUUAUAUAUAAUUUUACACGUUAUAUUGAUCAUAUAUCUCACAAAUUUAAUUAUAAUAAAAUAUUUCUACAAGUA